AUGGCAUCAAGUCUCUUUAAGAGAAAGAAUGAAGAUGAUGGAACUGAUGGUUUUUACUCCACUGAAUCAAAAGUUCCACGCGUCGUUUCUAAUACCAAACUAUGUAAACUAACACAUUCCGAGGCACCGAAAGAUGCAAUAGCAAAAAGAAAAUCGGAUAUGAAUUGUACAGAACUCGACUGUCAUUGUAAUCACCCGCAUGGGAGAUCAACUGAUUGCAACAUGACCAUUUCGCCUCAUGGCAGUAGUAGUCGAUCUUCAUCCAGAACAUCACAUAAGAGAAUGCACUGUUCACGUGGUGAUACUACAGAUGCAAAAAUGCAGCAACUAUCAGAUAGUGAACUUAUUGAAAUAAUUGUUGAAUCUUUAUCAAAAGCAGAAGAAAAGCUGCAAUAA